GGCAGUUAGCUGAAGUUUCCAUCGGCAUCGGCUGAUCCCUUCUUCCCAUGGCGCGUUUCUCCCAGCGCCGUGGACGGCUCGGGGCUUUGGCGCUGGCCAUGUUCUGCGGCUCCCUGUGCUUCGUCCCAGCUCCCGGCCGCGAGCGAAGCCUGCGAAGCGAGGCAGAGGUGGCAUCAGCAGCCGUGGCGUUGGCAGCUUUGACGCCAUCUGAGGCUUGGGCCAAGGGCGGUCAGUGGGGGCCAUUGGAAGGCAAGGCUUCGAGCUUGGUUCAUCCCACCGCCAUGUCCUUGUUUUUCUUCACCAUGCUGUACACGGGCUUCCUGGGCUGGCAGUGGCGUCAAACCCGCACCCUUGGCGCUGACAUCAGCAACCUCCGAAAGCAGCUGCCCAAGGAUGAGGAGGAGGAGUCCGCAGCAACCAAAUCCUUGAAGGAGCAGAUCAGCCAACUGGAUGCUGAGAGGAAGGAGAUGGUGAAAGAGGGCUACAAGGACAAGCACCACACUCUCAGCUCCAUCAUUCUCGGCGGUGGUAUUUUCUUCACCACCUAUGGAGUCUUCAACACCUGGUUCCGAGCAGAGAAGCUGUUUCCGGGUCCACAUUUGUUCGCCGGCGCGGCCAUCGUGGUGAUCUGGGCCGUCUCUGCAGCCAUGGUGCCAUUCAUGGAGAAAGGAAACGAGUCGGCAAGAACUGCGCACAUUGCCCUGAAUGGAGUCAACGUGCUGUUGUUCGCAUGGCAGCUGCCUACUGGCUUUGAGAUUGCGCAGAAGGUUUGGGGGCUUGACAUUCCCUGGGUAUAGUUGCGAACCUUGGUCAACUUGAUCAUGCUGCACCUGAUUUUCGAGAUGAGACAGAUGCCAAUCGAGCAAAUAUCUUUCAUUAUCUUUCUAUAUCUUCUUUUAGCUUCAUGUUCAAUUCAAAUGUGCCAUAUGCCGCGAUGCUCUCUGCAUCCAUUGAAUCCAUUGACCAUGAACAUCCAGCGAGAUGAGGGUCACAUCAAACAUCACCUCGCACAAUUUUCAGCGUAAAUUUUCUGCGUGGAUUUUCUUGUCCACAUCGCAGGCUUGUGAAAAAAACUUGGUUGAGUCAAC